CGCUAAAGCUAACCAUGAGCUAGCCUGACAGAGAGCAGCAUGUUUCAGCAGAAAACAGCCACAACCACCGCCAAAAGUCACGUUUACCGUAAAUAAAAUCUUUAACCGACCCCGGAGCUCAGAGGGAGAUGGAGCAGGAUGAGCCUCCAGAGAGUGCUGUGCCUCUGAAGUUAAACUCUGAUGCCAUAAAAAAAAGCAAAGGUUCAGCCCAAAGCCCAUUGGGUCCAACUGGGGUCCCAAAUCCAGCCCAGUCACAAAACCCAGAUCUUGACCAGAACCAUCCUUCACAGCCCGAAGAAGACCUGAGUCCAGCCCUGGUCCAGACUCACUCUGAGAUGAGUCCAGUCAAUGAUUCAACCCAUAGACCUGGUUCUGAUCCAUCUGGGCUCCCAAAAGCAGUCCAGACCUCACAAACCGAAGAAGCCCAGGCACCGGCCCAGGCACCGGCCCAGGCACCGGCCCAGGCACCGGCCCAGGCACCGGCCCAGAGACCGGCCCAAUCCAUCGUGGUCCGAGUCCCGGCUUUGGCCCUCAUUAAGGCUCUGGUCCAAAGUUCAGGCCAGACUAAGGUCAGAAUCCCACUCCAGACUCAUUGUCCUGGUUCAGUCCUGGUCCCAUCCGCGUCUCCCAGUAGUAUUCACUUAACUGCAUCAGUCCAGAGGUCGGGUUCAGUCCCAAACCAAGCCCCAAGUUCUGGGAUCCUUCUCAGUCCAGCCAGGAACCCGAGUCUAAGGCCAGGUCUGGCAUUAGUCCGCCCUCCUCGGCCCAGUCUGGUCCGAGGUCCAGGUUUAGCCCAGAACCAGGUCAGAAUCCCAGUUCCCAGUGGAGUUGAGGUCCGAUCCAGGGCUCAAAUACGAAUUCAAGUCCCAGGUGGAGUUCUAAGUGCCAUUCCAUCUUUGGUCCAGAAACAAGUCCAGACCAAGUCCAAUAAGAUGACUGUAGUCCAGGGACCAGAAGCAAGUCCAGAGCCAGGCUUGGUUCGGGUCCCUCUGCCCCCUGAAGCAGUGCGUCCUCUCAGCCCUCCCGUGAACACCACCCCCAUCAAGCCGUCAGUGCCUCCUCUGGGCUUCAGGCUGAACGGUAGACUCAUCCCCCUGCUGCCUGGAAAAGAGGGUCUGGAGGUGUCCUUUUGCUGUCAUCCACGUGGCUCAAAGUCCAGUCUGACGUCACUCCAGCUGAACGAAGAUAUGCCCCCACGGAAGAGAGAGGCUCCGCCCCCAAGGGGAAUAAUAGCCCCGCCCCCAAGAAAGAUAAUAGCUCCGCCACCAAGAAGGAUAAUACCUCCGCCCCCAAGAAAAAUAAAAGCUCUGCCCCCAAGAAGGAUAUUAGGUCCUCCCCCAAACAAGAGAAAAGCCCCGCCUCCCACUAGAAGCCCCUCCCCGGCCACAGGAGACAUUUUUGGAGGAUCUGUAACAAAGAUAACAACCCCGCCCCCUGCACAUGGGCCACGCCCAUCAAUGAUACCACCCAAACUCUGCCCACAUGUGACACCACUGAAGCUCCACCCUCAGAAGCCCAAAGUUGCCACUCUUCUCCAGAAAGUAGAAAUUACCCCAACUUCUCCUACCGACUGUCCAUGUUGUAAGAGCCCGUUCAGACCUGUGCCCGAACUCAGGGGGUUCAUCUGUAUGUGCAGCCCUGAGGUCAGUUCAUCUCUUCAGACACUGAAGUUAAAGAGAAAAGAUGAAAAACUAAAAUUUAAACAGAAGAAACUGAACCUCCUGAACCAGAGACCAAGUCCCAGAGUCAAGUCCCAGAGCUACAGCUCCUCUGUAGCUCGUAAAAGCCUUUUACAAAAGCCCCUGAGAGCACCAGGUCAAUUCCUGUCUGAGCCUCGCCCACCCCGUUCUGCAAGCCUGGGUGUGUCGAGACCCCGCCCCUCUCCGACGCCUGUCAAGACGAAACUCCGCCCCUCUGCACAGGUGAACUCAGCUGUGUCGAGGCUCCACCCCUUUGCACAUGUGAGCUCUGCUUCCUCCUCCCCCUCAGACAGGUGCAGUGGUGCUGGAGUGUCUGUGGGGGGUGCUCAGGGGCGGCUGGUGAUUCCCCUUGAGGAUUUUUACUAUGGCAGCUCAGAGGGACACAUGGGAGUGCAGAGACGACAGCUCCGCACGUACCGCUGCCUGCACUGCCCCAAGACACUACGCAACAAUGUCAGGUUGAUGAAUCACAUGAUCGAUCACGUGACGGAUCGCGGGGAGUUCUCUUGCCAUCACUGUUUGCGUCAGAUCGUCCCUCUGUACAAACUGCAGCACCACCUGGAGGCUGUGCAUGGUCCUAACAGCUCCACCUCCACAGUGGUUUGUCAGAUCUGCGAACGUGACUUUGAAACUGAAAUCUCGCUCCUGCUGCACAUGAAGAGUACACACAAGCCUGGAGAGAUGCCCUAUGCCUGUGAGUUGUGUGGGUUUCGCUCCUCGUUCUUCAUCCGGACAUGGCGACAUUUUGAAGAGGUUCACGUUGAUACCAAACAGUUCCUGUGUCACUACUGCCUCAGAGUGUUCAAGGCAGACCACCCCUACCAGCAACAUGUGGCCCGGCACCAGAGGAAGCAGGUCUACAGCUGUGACAAAUGUAGACUCCAUUUUCUCUCCAUGAAAGAUCGUCAGGAACAUCAGGACCUGCUGCACGACACUCAUGUGAGACCGGACCAGCUCAGCGGGCUAAGACCAGGGACCACGGUGACUGUGAGGACAUUCCAGGCUGUUUGUUCUGACUCUUCAAUGCAGGCUAAGCCCAGUACUGCUCUCGCUUACACUGAGUGCAGAGUUCAGAGGAAGGUCUGUAAGAGGAAAGCUGUGCAGAGUCUGGGGCAGCUGCUGGCUCAUCUAGACAGCUCUGAAUCUCUCUGUGUGGAGUGCCUGUCUCAGGUACAGGACUUCCGGAGCCACUUUCCCUCCACAGUCUCAUGCUCUCGCUGCAGAUAUCAGACCUGCUGCUGCAGAGCCUACGCCAACCACAUGAUCAACAACCACUCUGCAAACAGGAAGCAGCUUCUGUACCCCAGUGUCUUCACUUCCUGUCCCAGCUGGGGUGGUGGUCUCGAGUGUCUCACCUGUGGAUUCUCCUCUGACUACGGAGACAUCAUGGCCCUGCACCUAUGUGCCUCCCCCAAACACACCUGUCUGCUCACGCGAGGAGAGGAGGAGCUGGACUGUACAGAGGAGGAGGAUGGGAGGGCAUCUGACAUGUUUGAAUCCAGAGGAGGAUUUGUCUCCAUCGCGUGCCUACAGAGCUCUUCCCACCUGUCAAUCAAAGUUCUAAACAGACCUGCCCACUUGUCGUCACCUGUUGCCAUGACGAUCACUAUGAAAGGCCCCGCCCCCCAUAUCAAGCCUGUGGCUCCUCUCUCCGCCUCUCGUCUCAGGGUACUGUUGGAUUCGCUGCUUCAGGGUGCCGCUUCAGCCUCACGGCGCUUCGGUGUGUCGCAGAAGCUGAUUGGCUGUUGGGCGCGUGAGCAGAGGAAGGGUCUGGCCAAUCGCAGGUGGAGGUGGGACACAUCGGGCGGAGCUCGCUGGGUCCUCACUGAGCGGGAGCAGAACAGAGUGGUCACCGGAGAUGCCGUUUUGGAUCUAAGCCGCAGGACCCUGGGACCCAAGACCACGCUCCAAACCAGGUUGAACUGGGCAGUAGACUUCUUGCUCAGACAUGAUCUUGGACUUGAAACCAGGAGCAAAGAGCUGAGGGACAUUGGCUACUCUGUGGUCACAGGCACCUGGUACAAGGUCUCCUCCAGGCGUCUCCCUCCUCCUCGCUUCUGCUGUCUGGAUGAAUUCCCUGUCUUCUUGGACGUCCAGGCCCUGUCCUGUCUCUCUCCUGAGGGUCUGAGGAUGUGGGGUGAGAGGGAGGAGCGCCCCCUGGUAGAGGUGAUGCUGUGUGGCACCUCAGACGGAUCUCUCCUCCAUCCCCUGCUGUUCUAUGAGAGAGAUCUCCCCCCUCUGCCCCACGGCUUCCCCACUAAUGUGCUGCUGCGGGCGAGCAAGACCGGCUUCACUGUGAGGGAGAGAGCAAAGAUCUGGGCUGAUGAGGUGUGGUUUCCUCACCUGGGCUGUAGCACCGCCCCCUCCAUGCUCCUAUUGGACGAGCACUGCGGUCACAUGGGGGAGGACUUCUUGGACCCCCUGCGGCACACAUGCACGGAGCUUGUGCACAUUCCCCAGGGCUGUGGCUUUGUAGUGCAGCCGCUCGACCAGUGUGUGGCGCCAGUGGUACGACAGUUUCUCAAGGAGCGCUGGUCUCAGCUUGUGUCUCAGGGCUCUCAUUUCUCUGAGUCUGACCUGGUUCUGACUCUGAGCUGCUGGUUCAGUGAAGUGUGUCACAUCCUCAACGAGAACAAGCACUUCAUACGAAGGUCUUUCCUCUGUGUCGGGACGAGGUACAAAACUGCAGAAGUGUCUCAUCAAACUCUCAAUCAGGAUUUGUACAGGGUCCUGGUCGAAACCCCGCCCCCAUCAUCCUCCACCGGUCAAUCAGAGACAGAGGUACUGCAGGAGGACCAAUCAGAGACAGAGGUACUGCAGGAGGACCAAUCAGAGACAGCGAUACAGCCAGAGAGCCAAUCAGAGGGUGAGAUCCAGCAGGAGGGCCAAUCAGAGGAGACAUAUCACGUUCUACUCAGCCCUGUCAGCCAAUCAGAGGCAGAGGAACUAGAGCAGUUUGGCCAAUCAGAGACAGAGGUACAGCAGGAGGGCCAGUCAGAGGAGAGAGAGGAGUCUGAGGAUGCAGAGAAGAUGGACAAGGACCGAUCGGAGCUUUUAAAUGAAACCGAGGAGGCAGAACUACAAACUGAGAGCCAAUCAGGGAAGAUGGAAUUAGAACUUCACCAAGAGACUGAGGAGGUGGGUCUAUGGACCGAGACCCAAUCAAACGCUCAGGGACAGGUGGAGGAGUCAGAGGACAUGGAAGCCAAUCAAUCAGAGCCUCAGGAGGAGAUGGAGGUGGGACUAACAACUGUGGGCCAAUCAGAGCACUGGCCCUUGUGACAGACAUUAUUAAACUGUGAAUGAAGUGUUUAAAAUGUAACAAACAAAAAUUAAUUCUGGAAAAUAAAAUAAAACAUAUGACUUGGUUUAGACCUGUUUUAGACCUGUCUCAGCCCUGGUUCAGUUCAGUUGGCCUGGUUUAGUCUUGGCCUAACCCUGAUGCCGCAUUUGUUCUAGACUUUUUCUCAGGUCGGGGCUCAAAUCCUUGGGGGUUAAAUCUGUGAGAACACGAUUUCCCAUCAUGCUCAGGGGCACGUCCACUUGGGAGAUGCAUGCUGGGAAACAAGCAGGACCAUGUAACCUCAUUCAUGACCUCGGACAUCAAAAGUAUUUUUAACCCAAAGAGAUUUAGAACAUCUGUCGAUGAGUGGAACUAUCUCCAGCUAUGAACACGCAGUCCUGGUUUGGCCUGGUUUAGACCUGAUUUAAUCCUGGUUUAGACCCUGGUUCAGUCCUAGUUUAGACUUGGUUUAGACCUGGUGAAAUCCUGACUCAGACCUAGUUCUGAUCUGGUAUCAUUUUAAUCCUGCUUCUGAUCUGGGCCUCAUGCAGCAGGUGUUCACUUCAUUAAAGGGUGAUCUUACACCAUCUUCUGAUGUUGUUUCAUCACAAACAGACCUGGAGUUGUGUUUUGUUUCAUUUGCACAUGUUUAACACAUAAACCCUGUAUAUAGGCUGACUUCUCUCAAACAGAAAACACUGUUCCAUGUUGUGAUGUGGCAAUACAGGAACUGCUCUACUGUGUUUUUAAACUCCAUACACCUUCACUAGAAUCAUUUGGAUGCUG